CAGGCUCGAAUGACAUAUCAGGAAAUGAUGUUUAAAUACACAAAGUGACCUUUAAAUCGUCUGUGUAGGUCAGAAAAGUGCUGUGAGGAUGCAGAUGAUGCAUGUACACGCUGUGUUCAAAGAAACAUGACGAGUGUCAGUUAAGAGAAACCAUGUGGAGAAGAUCGCUGCGUGCAGUCCACUCAUGUUUUGGGUGCAAGGGAAUCUGGGGCUUCCAUGCAGUGCGUGCUUGUAGUGCUCCAGCCUUCCCUGCAGGCAGGAUCACAGCACUUCAGGCAGUGGACAUAUGGAAGCGACAUUUCGAAGAGAAAGGUGUGACUGAGCCCGACCACUCAAGCCAGUACAUCAUCGCUCAUCUGCUCGGAGCCAAAACUAUAGAAAUUCUUGAGCAAAAGAAGUUAACAGAGUUUCUCAGCCAAGAAAAAAUAGAGCAGAUUUGGAGGCUCUGCACUAGACGCCUGUCCAGAAUGCCUGUGCAGUAUGUGAUUGAGGAGUGGGACUUCAGAGAUCUGACACUGAAGAUGAGACCUCCUGUGUUCAUACCAAGACCUGAAACAGAGGAGUUGGUUGAACUCGUGCUGACUGAUCUGCAGAUGAAGCAUGUGAAUGGAGACGCCCAGCUUACAUGCCUGGAAGUGGGAUGUGGCUCUGGUGCCAUUUCUCUCAGUCUGCUGUAUAGUCUACCUCAGCUCUCAGCCACUGCCUUGGAUCAAAGCCAGGAUGCGGUGGAUUUAACAGGAGAGAAUGCUUUAAGGUUGGGACUUCAGGACAGAUUACAGGUUCAUCACAUAGAUGUCAUGAAAGAUGCAGAAACUGUGAUAAACCUCUGCAGCCCUGUUUCAGUUUUGGUCAGCAACCCUCCUUAUCUGUUCUCAGAGGACAUGGCUUCACUGGAACCUGACAUUUUAAGGUUUGAAGACCACGCUGCUUUAGAUGGAGGCAAAGAUGGCUUGAAAGUGAUCAAACAGAUUUUGACGCUUGCUGUGCAAAUUCUAUCAAAUUAUGGUCGUGUUUACUUGGAGGUGGAUCCCAGACACCCCCCGCUUAUUCAGCGGUGGGUGGAGGCGAAUGUGGAAGAGCUGCAUUAUGUAGAGACACGACACGACAUCACCGGCAGGCCACGAUUCUGCAUCCUUCAGAAAAAAGAAGUCAAACAAGGGCCAUAAGCUGGAUCUGGAUUGAGAAACUGAGAUCCUAUUACAUUGGCUUUAGUCCAGGUCACCAUAGCCUCUGCUCCCCUACCCCCA